AUGCGCGCCUUCACUUCCGCCGCCCUCGUGCUCUCCGCACUCCGAGGCGCCAUCGCGUGCCCCGUGAGCACCAACCCCGUCAUCGACGCCUUCGUCACCAGCGAGUCCGCCAUCUCCAUGACGAAGCUUCUCUGCAACAUUGGCGGUGGCGGCUGCGAGGCCGCCGGCAUCCCCGCCGGUGUUGUCGUUGCCUCUCCUUCCAAGACUGACCCCGACUAUUGGUACACCUGGACCCGUGACAGCGCCUUGGUUUUCAAGACCGUCAUCGAGGAGUUCGCCUCCAAGCCCUACGAUGCCUCUCUCCAGAAGAAGAUUCAGGAGUACAUUACCGCCCAGGCCAAGCUCCAGGGCGUGAGCAACCCUCCGGCGGCCUCGUCGACGGCAGCGGCCUCGGCGAGCCCAAGACGUCCCCAGCGUGAUGGCCCUCCCCUUCGCGCCAUCGCCAUGUCGCAGUACGCCAAGUGGCUCAUUGACAACGGCUACCCCAAGACCGCUCAGGAGGUCGUCUGGCCCGUCAUCCGCAACGACUUGUACUACACCGCCCAGUACUGGAACAACACCGGUUUCGAUCUCUGGGAGGAAGUCAGCGGCGCCUCUUUCUUCACCACCAUCAGCCAGUACCGCGCCCUCGUCGAGGGCAGCAACCUCGCCGCCCAGCUCAAGACCACCUGCAAGGCUUGCGACCAGGUCGCUCCCCACAUCCUGUGCUUCGUCCAGAACUACUGGAACAACGCCGGCUACAUGGUUUCCAACAUCCUCACCAGCGCCUCCCGCAGCGGCAAGGACGGCAACAGCAUCCUCGCCUCCAUCCACUCCUACGACCCCCGCCUCGGCUGCGACGCCCUCACCUUCCAGCCCUGCUCCGACCGCGCCCUCGCCAACCACAAGGCCGUAACCGACUCCUUCCGCUCCUGGACCAUCAACAAGAACAUCCCCCAGGGCACCGCCGUCGCCGUGGGCCGCUACAUCGAAGACGUCUACUACAACGGUAACCCCUGGUACCUCCUCACCCUCGCCGCCGCCGAGCAGCUCUACGACGCCGUCGCCGUCUGGAAGAACCAAGGCUCCGUCACCGUCACCGCCACCUCCCUCGCCUUUUUCAAGGACCUCGUCCCCUCCAUCACCGCCGGCACCUACCAGAACGGCACCACCACCUUCACCUCGGUCGUCGACGCCGUCUUCGCCUACGCCGACGGCUACGUCAACGUCGUCAAGACCUACGUCAAGGCCGACGGCUCCAUGCCCGAGCAGUUCUCCAAGACCGACGGCACCCCCUGGCCGCCCGCGACCUCACCUGUUCGGCUGGCUCGCCGCCGCGCCUCAGCUCCCUCCACCUGCUCCACGCUCGCCCUCGAGGGCGCCUACGUCUCCGCCACCGCCGUUUCCUUCCCCGCUAGCCAGACCCCCGGCGGCACCGAGACCCUGACCUCCACCGCCCCCGAGCCCACCUCCACCGUCUGCCUCCACAGGGUCACUUUCCGCACGCUCUCCAAGACCGUCUGGGGCGACAGCGUCAAGGUCAUCGGCAGCAUCAGCGAGCUCGGCUCUUGGAACACCGCCAACGCCAAGCCCCUUUCCGCUGACGCCUACACCGACAGCAACCCCCUCUGGCAGGCCACCAUCAGCGUCCCCGCCGGCGCCAGCUUCACCUACAAGUUCAUCAAGGUCAACGAUGCCGGCGCCGUCACCUGGGAGUCCGACCCCAACCGCUCCUACAGCGCUUCUACUCAGUGCAGCAGCACCGGCACUACUGGCGGUAACUGGCAGUAA